AUGCCCCCGCUUUCCGUGCGACACGUGUUUCCACACUUUCGCUACGCGGGGGGCCGCUGCGAACCACAUGAGGGUAUGCCGAGCGGCGGAGGCGGAGAGGCGCGCACAGGCUCUCGGCUCGAUUCCGUCUCUGGUGGAGACCGACAUGCAGGAGCGAUCGACACCGCGGGAAUUUGGGGAGGAGGCGUGCGCUGGGGUUACGUCAUGGAAAGGGAAACAUUUUUCAGCGUGGAGGCGGUUGGAGGGAGGACAGUGCGCCGGAUCCCACAGCGGGCCAGGUCGGGGGUUUUAGACGCGCUCUAUUGCAUCCUUAAGCGCUUGAAGAGCCAGCCGGGAGAUGAAGCCGCUACCCUCCUACUCUUGGCGUUUCCGCGCCUCAUCCUAGCCAUGCCUCCCAAGCCAGGCAUAGGUCAGAAGGCGCUGAUCACAGAGCGGUUGGGUGCGUUCUGGGAGGGGAGGUGGCGGGAGCUGUUCGAUUCUGCCAUGGUGGCGGCGCGGCGAGCAGUUUGCCCACUUUCCUACACUUGCUCUGACCAGGACCCGGAUGCCAUCCGCCUGUCACGGAGCCGAUCUCGGUGCAAAGUGGGGGAGUGGAGCCGUGGAUUGGCCUGCCUUACAGCAGGGGAGUUGGCUCGACCGUCUGAGGUCAUGGUGCAGUCGCUGCGAGAGAAGCACCCAGCUAGCGCUGGCGAGGAGCGGUUGGAGUGGGUGGGGCUGGAGGUGCUGGCGCACAAGUGCCGGUUUUGGGAGCGCGAGGGCAAGGAGGUGGAGUGGGCACUGCCAUUGGGGAUGCACCGGGUGGAUGAGGGUCUUACUGUGGUGGGCGCGCCUAUUGGAGAGGAGGUUUGGGAGGUGGUCUGGCUACGGGAGCGGCUUCGACAGUUGCACGCGCCACUGCCAUGGCUCCCCUUGCUCGACCACCCCCAGAUGGCUUCACACCUCCUCGCCAUUGCAGUUUCAGCGCGGCCGAUGUACCUCGCCCGGACUAUGCCGCCGCGUCCCGAGGCGCGGCAGCGGCAGUUAGCUGUAGAGGAGCUCCAGGCACUGCGCCGCUUGGCUCAUGACGAUGCCACCUUGGCCCGUUUCACAUCCCUUCAGGGCCCGGGGGCAGGUGCAUGGGUUUCGGCGGUUCCGGCUCACUCAGAUCUCACAUUCACUGCAGCUGAGUGGGGCAUUGCUGCUGCUAUACGGCUCUGCCUCCCAAUCCAGCAGCUGCAGGUGGCGGGGAGGUGUGUUUGUGUGGCGGCAAGGGAGUGGGAGCGCCGCAAAACGAGUGACUACGCGCCUCUGCUUGCACGCAACCGGGGCGUGCAGUUCACCCCUUUGAUAGUUGAGACGUGGGGGUGUCUCGGCGGUCGUUUUCAGUGGUGGCUUCGUCAGCAGGGAGUUGCGCACGUGGGACUAGCUGUGUCGCAGGGGGCUUGUCGAGAGGACGACUCUGUGUUUUCGGCUUAUCUUUUAGGGUCACUGAAGGCGCUCAUCGGGGUGGCGUUACAACGGGCGCAAGCCCGUGUCAUCCUGCUUCGAGCAGCGUCUUCCAUGGGGGGGAUUAACGUAGAUUUGGUGGAUCGGGAGAGGGACGAUGUCGAUGUGGAAGGCGGGGCUCUCUGGGUGGAGGCCACGUACAUGGUCGAUACGUUGAUGUGA